CACCUCGACACUGACAACAACUCUGUGUGUCUGUCUGCUCUUCUCUAUCAGUCUAGCUCGAAUCCAUCUCGGCGUGGCAUCACAUUGUAAACAACCCCACUUGAGACACACUUGUGGAUCACGCCGCCGUCACUGUUCCGGUCCCACACACACGCACACCAAGGCGCGCCAAUAAGAGCAACACAGCCUUGUCCUUAUCCUUGCGCCCAUUGUUAAACCGCAUCUCCCCCUCUUCCAUCACCGACCUCACUCAUCACCACAGCACAACAGCGCAACAUGUCAAAGGCAGGCAACUACCUGCGCUCCGGGCAGUCGUUUGUCAACAAGCUCGCGGGCGAGAAGCCCCACUCGUCCGUCACCGACUGGGUCGAGGUGCUCUCGUCGGACAGGUACGACGAGCUCAGCCUCGACGGCAUCCCCGAGCUCGUCGACAGCGUCAACCUGCAGGGAUCGCAGGGCACGACCGAGGCCGCACGCGCGAUCCGAAAGAAGCUCAAGUACGGCAACGUGCACCGCCAGCUGCGCGCGCUCGUCAUCCUCCGCUCGCUCACCGAGAAUGCGGGCAAAAACUUCCAGCUCAACUGGGCCGACCAGCGCCUGCUCGACCGCCUCCGCGAGAUGGCGACCGACGGACUGCUCGACCCCAAGGUUAAGAAGCGCCUGAUCCUCGUGUUCCAUGCCUGGUCGAUCCAGUAUGCGGAUGAGCCUAGGAUGCAGACGGUCGCCGGCCUCUUCCGCCAGUACAGUGGCCGCAAGCCGGUUCCUGGCGCGCCUGGUGGCGGCCAUGCCACCCGCAGCUCUGUUAGCUCCAUCUCGGCUGCGACUACGCCUGAUGCUGCCACCCCGGGACGUGGUGGCUUCUCGGACACGGACCCGCUGUACAAGCACAGCUGGGAGCCGGCCCCGGGCCAGAGGGGCGCCGACACGUACGCUGACCUGGCAUCUGCCCGGGCCGACGCCGAGGAGCGCAAGCGCCAGCGUGAGGGCCGCAUUGCUAUCGAGCACCGUGAGGCUGAGCUCGAGCGCCGUGAGCGCGACCUCAAGCGCAAGCAGGAGAUGGCUGCGAUCGAGUCGCGCCGCCAGCGGGAGGCCCAGGAGGAGGCCGAUCGCCGCCGCCAGGCCAAGCUCGACAGAAAGAACCAGCCCAAGCGUCCAAAGUUCAACUUUGAGAAGGAGAAGCCCCAGAUCAUGGUCGCUGUCGCCAACGCUAUCCAGGCCGCCAACAACCUCGUCAACUCGUGCAGGCUCGUCAACCGCGAGACUGAGAACAUUACCGAGAACCCUAGGGUGCAGGACAGCCUCGACAAGGCCAAGGCCGCGCGCCGUGCCAUUAUCAGAUACAUCCACUUGGUCAACCAGGAGGAGUUUGUUGGCACGCUCCUCGACGCCAACUCGAGGAUUGUGGAGGCGAUCCAGUUGUAUGACAAGCUCUCCAAGCCUGCCGCUCUCGACUCGGACUCGGACCAUGAGCUUAGCCCUGCGGAGAAGGCCGAGGCUGAGCAGGUGGAGAAGAUUCGCCAGCGUCUCGCGGCACAGAAGCUCGAGUCUCAGAGAACCGGCGAGCUCCAGCAGCUGCAGGAUCAGCAAAAGGUCGAGUCGAAGCGUGCCGUUGCGCGCCAGGAGCGUCGCCAGGCUUCUGGCACCUCGUCGCGCCAGGGAGCCCCGUCGUCGGCGUACGCCGACCUGCAGGACCUGCAGUUUGGCUCGAUUGGGAACAAGGGUGCUGCUGGCCUCCCGCCCCCUAUCCGCCCGGACUCGGACGCCGGCUCGAUUGCUGGAGGGUCUCUGUCCGACUUCUCCGACUAUGAUAGCUCGGAGGACGAGUGGCGCGCUGCUCACUCACGCCAGCAGUCGAGACAGUACGACUACCGCCACAACUACGGCGGCUCGUCGUCCAAGAACCCCGACCCGCAGGAGGGCAACACAUACCAGUCGCUCGAGGACGAGUUUGGCUCCAAGGGCCUGCUUGACCCCAACGACCCCUUCGGAGAUCCGUUUGCCGACGACGAGGAGGCCACGACCCCGCACCAGGAGAAGCCGCGCCAAGAGUGGGCUGCAAUCUAACUGCGUGCACACACACACACACACGCCUAGAAUCAGUAGUAAUCAAACGCGCCCAAGAUGUGUUUUAAUGGAAAACCCGGAGGCUCUUUCAUUCCCCGUUUCAAGAACCCAGAGUAGUCCCAUAGUGGCUAUGGCAUGAUAUGUACUUUCGACUCGGUCUACUUCCUCUCCAGCGAGUCGGCUCCGCGACGGAGGGCAUUCUUGAGGCCCUCGCCAAGAACGUUGGCCGUGGCAGUUGCGACGUUCUUGACGACCUGGAAGCCCUCAAACGCGUCGGCAGCAGCGGCGGUAAAGCCAGCAGGGCGGCCAGCGAGGUUGUCGCUGGCGUUUGCGCGGCCAAACUCGCGCAGCUGGCCGACACGGGGCUGGCCCGAGAUGCCCGAGCCCGCAUUAGCCAUGAAGAAGCUCUUGAGGGGGCCGAGCUCGUUGAUGACCUCGAGGCCGGUAGACCGGGCCCAGUUGACGAGGGGGUUGCGCGAGCCGAACACGCUGUUGAGCUUGUCGACGGUCGCGAGCAUGAGGUGAUUGGGGAGGUACCGCUCGCGGGGGUACGGUGCGAGGGCGGUGAUGGAGCCGAGAUCCGAUCCGACCUGGCGAGCAGUGUUGAGCGUGGCGGCGAGCACACGGGCGUCGGCCAAACCGGCGUUGAGGCCCUGCCCGGCCAGCGGGUGGGUCGUGUGGCAGGCGUCGCCGACGAGCGCGAGCCGGUGCGCAGUGUACUGGUCUGCGUGGGACAGGCGGAGGGGGAAGCCGGCGACCGACGCCUUCGGGAUGUUGGUCACGGUCGGGGGGAGCGGCGCGUCCGUGUGCGCCGUGGGCUCGAGGGUGGCCAGCACGCCGGCGAGCGCCUCGGCCGAGAGCGGCGCCUUGGCCGCGUCGGCCUGGAGCAGCGCGUCGUGCAUGAGCGCGAGGUCGGGCUCGGAGAGGGAAAAGCCGGCGUUGACGGCCGUCACGAGGGCCGGGAUCUCGAGGCGCUUGAGCGCGGCCGCGAGCGCCGGCGUCGUCGACCACACCAUCGUGCUCGCCGUGUCUGACAGCGGGAGGAACGCGAGCGGGCCGGUCGGCAGGAAACGCUGGAACGCCGUGUGGUUGGGGAACACGAGCUGCGGGGCGUGCUCGAGCGUCGCGACGACGGCGUGCGUGUCGUAUGCGUGCCCAAAGGUCUCGAUGUUGGCAAACUUGCGCACUGGCGAGUUUGGCCCGUCUGCGCCGAUCACCAAGCUCGCGCGGACCCAGUCGUCCCCGACCUUGAGGCCGACCCAGCCUCGGCCUUCACCAUACCGCAUCUCCGUGACGCGCGCGCCCUCGCGCACGCUCACCACGCCGGGCACCUCGUCGAGCCGGCGGAGAAGCGCGCGCUGCGUGUUGAUGUUCUCGGUCAUGCGGGCGAGCGGCUUGUCCUGCGGCGGGAAGUGGAGCAUCGGGUGGCUCCCGGCGUCGGGGUUGGCCCAGACGAUGAUGUCGUCGACGGCGUUGCUCCUGUGCAGUGCGAUGUUCUUCCACGCGUCAAUGCUGUCGAGCCACUCGAUGUUCUCGGCCGUGAGCGACGACACGCGGUUCGACCACUCGCCCGCGUCGUCCCAGUUGCGCACUGGGCCGAGGGAGCCGCCCUCGAGGAGCAGGAUGCGCGUCGUAUCCCGGAGGGUCUUGUACGAGACAAGUGCCGACGCGAGCGCGAGGCCGGCCGGCCCACCGCCGAUAAUGACAAUGUCAUACGUGUCCUCGGCGGAGAUGGGUGGGAUCGGCUCCAGUGGGGGAGCAGCAGCAGUCGAGUGUGCGCGGCGUGGUGUCGACGUCAGGGGCCGGGAGAUGCCGGACGAAGACGACGAGGACGACGCGGCGGGCGAGAAACGCGCCCGCGCGGCAAGCGCGCGGGGGAGCACGCGGCGCGAGGACGACGCAGCGGCGGGCUCGAGUAUCCGUGUGACUGACGCCAGCGAGCGCUGCAUGGUUGAUGUUGUUGGUUUUGUUGUGGAAAGAGUCG